AUGGCGACACCAACAGGUCGGAGCCCAGAGCUGAGACACGACCCGGUUUCAAAUCGGUGGGUCAUAUUCUCGCCCGCAAGAGCCAAGCGGCUUUACGAUUUCAAAUCCAAAUCCCCAGAGAACCCAGAUCCAAACUCCUCCAGCGACAAUUCGUGCCCAUUUUGCAUCAGCAACGAAAGCCAUUGCGCGCCGGAGAUCUUCCGGUUCGCUCCUGACCUGGGAAACCCGAACUGGAAGAUUAGGGUGAUCGAAAACCUCUUUCCCGCAGUGAGCCGGACCGUCGAGUACCCAUACGAGGAUCAGCAACGGCAUCAGUAUCACACCGCUGGUGGGCGGAGCUUGAAGGGACUAGGCGUAGAUGUUAAUGACAUAGGCGUAGAUGGCGGAGACCAUUUAUCAAGUUUAUUUUUAUUUUUAAUAGUUGUAAAAUGA